AAAAUGGGAACACGUAAUCAUCUCUCACAGUCUCUGGGAAGCUCUAGAGAAUGCGAGCGAGAGCACCUUCGCAUAUACUGCUUUUCCUUCCCAUUUCUUCUGCAACUUUCUACUACUUCAAUCGCCUCUUCCUUUCUCAUUUUCGAGCAAAUUCCACAAAUUAAGCUUCUUUAAUCUCGCUUCAGCUAUUCCUCUCUUCUCGAUUGCUUCUAUCUUGCUCACUUUGUUCCAAAUUCUAAUCGGCAAUCUUUGAUUUUCAAGAAUGGCGGAACCAGCAUAUACUGUAGCAUCUGACAGCGAAACUACUGGAGAGGAAAAAUCUUCUUCGCAUCUACCAGAAGUAGCAAUCGGAAUUGACAUUGGUACUUCACAAUGUAGUGUUGCAGUCUGGAGUGGCUCCGAGGUGGAACUUAUCAGGAACACACGAAACCAGAAGUUGAUGCGUUCGUAUGUCACCUUCAAAGAUGAGAUUCCUGCUGGAGGCGUGAGCAAUCAGUUGGCUCAUGAGUAUGAGAUGCUAUCAGGGGCUGCAAUCUUCAACAUUAAGCGUCUGGUUGGUAGAGUUGACACGGACCCCGUUGUUCAUGCGAGCAAAUGCCUCCCCUUCCUGGUGCAGACCUUGAACAUCGGUGUGAGGCCGUUCAUCGCUGCACUAGUUAAGAACAUGUGGAGGUCUACUACUCCUGAAGAGGUUCUUGCAAUAUUUCUCAUUGAGCUGAGAACAAUGGCUGAGCUCCGGCUGAAGCGUCCUGUAUGCAGUGUUGUCUUGACCAUUCCAGUGUCGUUUAGUCGGUUCCAGCUGACUCGGGUCGAAAGAGCAUGUGCCAUGGCUGGUCUUCAAGUCCUGAGGUUGAUGCCCGAACCAACUGCAGUCGCAUUGCUGUAUGCACAGCAGCAGAACGUACACGAGAACAUGAGCAGUGGAAGCGAGAAAAUCGCUGUUAUCUUCAACAUGGGUGCUGGAUUCUGCGAUGUAGCAGUCUCUGCCACUGCAGGAGGAGUGUCGCAGAUAAAAGCCUUGGCGGGAAGUGCAAUAGGAGGCGAAGACAUACUUCUAAAUACGAUGCGCCACCUCCUACCUGACAUGGACAGUCACUUCUCGACCCGUGGGAUUGAAGAGAUCACGAGGAUGGGGUUGCUUCGCGUUGCAACGCAGGAUGCUAUCCACAAACUCUCCUCCCAAUCUAGUGUUCAAAUCGAUAUUGACUUGGGGAACGGGAGAAAGAUAUGCAAGAUUCUUGAUAGGGCAGAAUUCGAGCAAGUGAACAGAGAAAUCUUUGAGAAAUGUGAGAGCCUUAUCAAACGGUGCUUGCUCGAUGCAAAGGUGGAAAUAGGGGAUAUAAGUGAUGUUAUCCUUGUUGGUGGCUGCUCCAACAUCCCGAAGCUGCAAAAGAUCGUUACGGGCGUCUGCAAAAAGGAUCCAUACGCGGGGAUCAACCCGUUGGAGGCUGCAGUCCGAGGGGCAGCUCUAGAAGGCGCGGUAGCUACUGGAGUCAACGAUCCUUUCGGGCAUUUGGACCUUCUAACAAUUCAGGCAACACCACUGAGCAUUGGAGUGAGAGCAGAUGGAAACAGCUUCAUCCCGAUCAUACAUCAGAAUACGACGAUGCCAGUCAGACGCGACAUGAUCCUCACGACCGUGCAUGACAACCAAGCCGAGGCUUUGAUCAUUGUCUACGAAGGUGACGAGAAAGCCGUGGAAAAGAACCAUCUCCUGGGCUAUUUCAAGCUCACAGGGAUACCACCGGCACCAAAAGGCGUCCCGGAGAUUAACGUGUGCUUGGACAUCGAUGCAUCAAAUGUUCUGAGAGUUUUUGCAGGAGUGAUCAUGCCGGGAGCGCAGAACCCUGCAGCUCCGGUCAUGGAAGUCCGUAUGCCAACUAUAGACGACGGCCAUGGCUGGUGUGCCGAGGCGCUCAACGCAACUUAUGGGUCUACUCUGGAUUUGGUGACGGUGCAAAAGAAAGGUAUGCAUUGAGGAAUAUGUCAUAUGUAAAUUUUCACAGGAUGUUUUGCUAGUUUCUAGUUUCAGUUGUGUAACAAUCUGCAGUCAUACAAUAAUCUUGGUUUCAACCUUCAAGAACAUUUAUUGGAUUUUGAAGGUGAAACAUUUUCAUGGGAAUGUGUUGUUAAAAUAAGGUGGUCUGGUUUUAGGACUGUCUUAGCUGAUGUUGCAAGUGUGUGUGUGUGUGUGUGUGUGUGUGAGAUAUAUAUAGAUGAUGUUGAGGCUAA